AUGCAGGCCGCCGCCAACAGCAUGCUCCCGCAUGUAAUUGACCUCUUGAAGCAUGUUCGGGGGGUUGACCUGACCCAGGAGUUUAGCAGCGAAUUGGCGCCGAGCGGAGAUGCCCUUGCCGAUAUCGAAACACUAGUCCGCCACCUGAAUGAUACGGGCAGACCACGAGAAGCAGCGGCAUUGAGAACCGUGGUUGGAAUAUGCAAGACAUCAGCCAACUACGGCGGCCUCGAGUUGAAACAAGGGGAUAUCAGCGACAUAUCGAUUCAAGAGAUACAGUUUCUCGUGUCUACAUGGCUCGAAUCUCUCAAUUCGGAGGAUAGGGCAAGGGCCCCAAUCAUACCGUCGCCGACGCGUCCUGUGGGGCGAAGGCCGAUGACGAUGACAGAGAAGAUCUUUGCGGUACACGAUGUCGACCGGAGAGAUUUUGUAUGCCCCGGAGAAACUAUUCGCAUCUCUGUUGACUGGAUCAUGGCGUCAGAGGCCUCCUGGAGUUACACUAUCAUGCAUACAGAAUUCUACCGCGAAAGGGCCCAGCCCGGUGCAGUUAUCAUCGGCUCCGACUCUCACACCUGCUCUUCAGGCGCAGUUGGGUGUCUCGCUAUCGGACUGGGGGUAGCGGAUGUCACUAUGGCUCUUGUUACGGGAGAGAUCUGGUUCAAUGUCCCUGAAUGCGUAAAUAUCCGAUUUGUCGGUAAGCCAGAAAGAGGAAUCGGGGGCAAAGAUGUCAUUCUCUAUGUUCUCCAACAACUCAAGAGAAAUACGGUGGCCGCGGAUCGUGUUGUCGAGUAUACUGGCCCCGGAUUGAAGUAUCUCUCUCCGGACGCCCGAUUUGCAAUCGCCAACAUGACUACAGAGUUCGGAGGCAUAACGGGGAUAUUCAUUCCUGAUUCCGCCACGAUGAAUUUUGUCAAUUCUCGGAAGCUCGCCAGACAUAAAUCGAGCUCUCACUAUUUCCGCCCCGACGAAGACGCGGUGUAUGCUGAAACACAUGUUAUUGACCUCUCCAAGGCAAAGUCAUUUGUAGCUAAAUACCCGAACCCUGACGAUGUUGUGCCCGUCAGUGAUAUGGAGAAUACCCCUCUCGAUGGCUGUUUCAUUGGUGCAUGCACUACCGCAGAGGAAGACAUUAUACUUGGUGCGCUGGUACUGGAACAGGGGCUGAAGAAGGGUCUCGUGCCUGUCUCUAGGGGCAAGCGAAAGGUAGUUCCCGGUUCCAGGCCUAUUGUUGAUAUGCUUCACAAAACAGGGCUGGCAGCGAUCUACACCGAGGCUGGGUUUGAAAUCGGUCUUCCCGGUUGCAGCUACUGCGUGGGAAUGUCUGCGGACAAAGCCGGUGAAGGUGAGGUGUGGCUAUCAUCUCAGAACAGAAAUUUUGAAAAUCGAAUGGGAACAGGCUCCAUCGGGAACUUGGCAUCCGCCGCCACUGUCGCCGCCUCCUCUUUCGAAAUGAAGAUUACGGAUCCGCAGUAUCUGAUUGACCUGAUCGACCAAGAGAGAUGGGACCAAAUCAAAGGGCGAGGUUCCAUUAGAGAAGUAUUGAACAGCCCGGAACCACCAUACGUCGAGCCGCCUAGUUCUGGCGCGGACAAUCAAGUCCCCCACAACGAUGGAAGCGUUGCACGGGAAGGCGUUAUAGACGGCAAGGUUCAGAGGCUGGGAGACUUUAUUGAUACUGAUGCGCUUGCACCAGCACAAUAUCUUGUUAGUUCAAGAACGGACGACGAGUUGGGAAGUCACUGUCUCGAAUUCACAAAUCCCGGUUUCAGGUCUCGAGUAGCACAAGGAUUUGAUAUCGUUGUGGCUGGCAAGGGCUUUGGUUGUGGCUCCUCCCGAGAGCAAGCGGUCUCGGCCCUUCUUGGGUGCGGAGUUCGCGACGAGUUUUUUGAAGCCGCGCAGGACGGAGUCGCUAUAUCUGUGGAUUUACGUAAGAACACCGUUAUUGUGGGCGAGAAGGAGUUCGCCUUUGGAUUGAGCAAGAUUGAGAAGGAGUUGAUAGGCUUGGGGGGAAUAACGCCUGCCUUUAUGAAGUUUGGGAAAGAUCUCUUCCAAGGAUUGUGUUCUAGCCGACAUAACUCGGGAGCCGGAAACGGUAUAAAGGGAGGUGGCUGCUCAUCGGGGAAAUUGCUCGAGUGGUAA